AGCGGCGUUUGCUUCCCGCCUCGCGCUGCCGGGGGCCUCUUCUUCCCAACCGCCUUCACAGUCCGGGAGGCGCCGUGGCUGCGGUGGCGGCUCUCGCAUGUCUUUAGCUACCUCCUCCGACUGCCCGGGCGCUCUCCGGUAAGGAGGAAGUCCGACUUCUCGAAGAAAGGGCAGGGGCUGCAUUUGGGGAGGUUUGGGGUGCAGCCGCUGUGCGGUGCAUUGGUUCCUGCCUUCGCCCAGUUUUUGCAAAAAAAAAAAACCCCACACAUAAAUAAUAAUAAAAAACAACAGCUUACCUGGAAGAAGUCACUUUCUCCUCCGGAAACCUGUAGUCCUCAUCUCAGAAGUGGAAACCAGCAGCUUCGCCUGUACAGUACACGUGUUACAUUCCGCGGAUUGAUUGCUUAUGUAUUUACACACACCCGUACAGUCGUGGGCGAAAUUUUAUUCAGUGUACCCAAAAUAAAAUAAUGACUCUCUGAACCUGCUGUCCAUAACCUUUCGAUCUGGCUAUAAAUAAUAGGUUGAGAGAGAUUUCAGAGAACAGAUGAAGGGUUGUACUGGUACGUGUAUUAUUUCCUCAGAGCGACCCCAGUGAAAUAAGUGGACUUAAGGCCAUUGAUUUUAAUGGGUCUGUUCUGACUAAAAUGGGAUGUCAUCCAAGGAAAACAUUGUACAGUAGAAGACAUAUGUGUGAGCCCAAAGCUUGCUUUUUUAUUUUCUCUCAUAAAGGAAGAAAAAGGCUAUAUCAGCAGAGUCUCAUACUUGCGCCUGAUGAGUCUAUUUUCAUCUAGGCGCGUGUCUAGGCCAUUUCCCAUCCCGCCUCAUUUAAAACAAAGCUAAGUAAAUGUAACAUUGGAAGGGGGGGGGACAUUGUCCAGCUUUCCCAUUUAUUUGUCGUGUAAUCCCUUCUCCCCCACCCCCAUGGUAGUUUAGCAUUACCUUGAAGGCAAUAAAUAUUCAUUAUAAUACACAGGGAGAUAAAUGUAAAAAUGUUUUAUUGAUCUGUCUAGCAAGCCUCACAUUCAUGCAAUAUAUCUACAUUUAUAUGCUAAGUCUCUUUGUUUCAUUCAACUACUGCUGAAUUUUGUCAGAUUAAACAGUCAUUUGCCUUUGUUCAUGCUGUUGUUUAUCCCUGUAUUGAAUUUUCAAACAGCUAAAAAGCAAAUGUGUUUUUAAACUUCCUUGCAAUUGUGUUUCUUUCUAGAUCUCGGGAGGGUGUUAAAGUAUGGAGAUGGCUUCAACACAGUGUUUUGGAUCAAAAGUUGAUAUGGGUAAUUCAAAAUAUCAAAUAGCUUUACAAACUGUAGGUUGAACUGUCAGGGGCUCUAGAAAGUCAACAUCUGGAACAUGGGGAAAACAGCAAAUUCAGUAAUGGGCUCUGCGUGGUAUCUGGGCAUGCAUUGGACCCAACUCUAAUGAGGUAUUCGGAUGUGGAGGCGAUGAUCUUUAUAAUGCAAGCGAUGGCAGACCAAGAAGUUCAGGAUGGCCCUACACAUGCUUGGUGCAUCUAGGAGUUCCCAUAAAUAGGAUGGCCUUGGAUACUUCUGCAUUAUGCAAGAGUGAAGUGGCACCCUUCUGGCUGCAGGAUUGCACUUUACAGAAUAUCGUGAUGUCAGGAACCUCCAGGUUUGCAGCAACAGCCCCACAGGAGCACAUGCACCUUCUAGGGGUAAUGCUUCCAACCCAGAACUCCCCCCUCCCAUCUGACUAUCACCACAUCCCUAUCCGGUAUGCCCCACAGAGGACCUUAAGGUCCAUGAAUAACCAUAGUUUAGAGGUCCCGGGCCCUAAGGAAGUCAAGACUAUCCUCCACCAGGGACAGGGCCUUUUUAGUGAUGGCUCCAACCUGGUGGAAUGCCCUGUGCCAUGAGACUAGGGCCCUUCAGGAUUUAACCUGCUUCUGCCGGGUCUGUAGGACAGAGCUAUUCCGCCUGGCCUUUAAUUUGAAUUCAGCCUGAUCUUUUAUUUCCCUUCUCUUCCCUCCUCCUCCCCUUUUAUGAAGAUUACCCACUCUGAGACCCCACAGCUAAUUCUCCCCUGGCCUCCUUGCUGGCCCAAGUAGGACUAAUUCAGCCAGCUAGCCCUGCUGACUAGCUAAAGUUUAUUGGAUGGAUUUCCCCCAAAUUGAUUUUUGAACUUUGAAUUUUAUUGUUAUUCAUGCUUUUAUACUGUAUUUUAUGCUGCUUCUAUGUUAUAUUAAAAUUAAGUGUUUUAAAUUUUUUGUUAGCUGCCCUGAGCCCGGUUUUCUGAACUGGGAAGGGUGGGGUAUAAAUAAGAAUUUAUUUAUCAUUUAUCCCUGGUGCAACGAGUGCAGCACCAUCACUAGAAGAGCACCACUACUACUUUGUCCCUUGACAUGCAUCACUGCUGCUACGGGCAGUGAUUUGUGUUUGUUUUCUUCCACAUCGUUCUACACAUGGCACAUGUAUUUAAAUUGUUCACUUACUAAAUUUCUGCUCCAUAACUCAUUUUGAAUUAAGCUCACAGAAGUUACUACCCCACACACUUUUUUUUACUAACCUGCCAAAAGCCUAGUACACUGUGCUAGCUUCAAUGCUGGCCACAGUGGCGGAAGCAUGGAAAGGCAGGCUAAGAAAAAUAUUUGUCUUCUUCCAAGGCAAGGAGGAAGACUGUGGUCUGUUCCUUCUCUGCCAGCCUGAUGUACUUCUUUGCUGGUUGCGGAGGAAGAGACUUUCCUUUCUCUGCCGGGAACAUGGAAAACAAGCAGGUUGGCAGAAGAGAAAAGUCAUCUGCUCAUUGACUUUACUACUUGGAAUUCCAGGCACUCACUGGCAUGGAAUUCCUAGGUGCCUUUGACGGCUAGUCUGGUACUUAAAUAUAAAGCAGCCAUAAACUUCAGCACAAAGUGCUCCCAGAACAGAUAAUAUAUAUCAUUUUAUGCUUUUUUUCCUUCUUUUAAAGGGAUGUGGGAAACUCACAGAGCUGAUGAAUGAAAAUCAAAAGCCAUUCUCAUUCCUGCUGGAUAACUCUUUAGCUAGUUUUGCCUUGAGUUGAGAUUUGCCAUUUUUAAUGGUUUGGGAUUGUGGGGGGCUGGGAGUUGAAUGCUAAUAUUCCUAAAUGGUAUUAGAAAGCAAAUAGUAUUUUCUUUCAUAUUUUAUGUGGCAAGAUGGCAAACCAAAGAGCCCUUUCAAAGCCAUGGAUGCUGAAAUAUAUCUUUAUAGAGAUAUUGAGUGCACAGAAAAAGAAAAGGUAUGUAUUUCCAAUUGUCAAAUAUAUAAUUGACUGUAGUUGCCAUUGUAAUUGUUUUCAUUAGUUGUUUAUUUUUAUUUUUCAAACUUUCAUUAAAUGAAAAAUCAAGCAUAAAUGAAAACAUCACAGGAAACAGAAAUAUCAGAGCAGAGACACAAAAGUAGGCCAGAGGUAUCAGUAAUACCUUCCAGACUUUUAGUAUAAUAGAAAUUAUAACAAGUUUAAAACAUUUUUAAAAACACAAUUAACAUGGAGAUCCCUUAUUUUCCAAGGGUUUGUGAAGCUCCACAGAUUCUUAUUUUAUUCUAUCAUCCACAGCCAUUUAUAGGCCAGGUGAGCAGUUUGAUUUUAUUGUUUUCGUAGAUAAUACAGAACACAAGCAAACAGAAAUUUACUUUUUUUUUUUACCUCUAGAGGCUCUUAGUUUAUAAGUCAUUUUUUCUAGUAGAAUUCCCAUACCUUCAUGUAUUUAUUAUUUAAAACGUUUGCCCUAUUAGGUUGGAAAAGUGGGGCAGAAUGGUAGUUUUGUGUAGAGAUAGUACAUACUUCUCCCAAUACAGUGGUACCUUGGUUUGAGAACAGCUUAGUUUAUGAACAACUUGGAUGAAGAAUGCUGCAAAUGCUGCAAACCCGGAAGUAGGUGUUUGGGUUUGUGAACUUUGCCUUGGAAGCAGAAGAUGUUCCGCUUCCUAUUGAGUAAAUUGUAAAUUUACUCAAUUUACUAUUGUAAAUUGAGUCCCCCGCUGCUAUGGGAUAGCACGUCUUGGUUUAAGAACGCUUUGGUUUAAGAACGGACUUCUGGAACAGAUUAAGUUUGUAAACCAAGGUACCACUGUAAUUCAUAUACAAUGGUACCUCAGGUUAAGUACUUAAUUCGUUUCGGAGGUCCAUUCUUGACCUGAAACUGUUCUUAACCUGAAGCACCACUUUAGCUAAUGGGGCCUCCUGCUGCCACCGCGCCACCAGAGCACGAUUUCUGUUCCCAUCCUGAAGCAAAGUUCUUAACCUGAAGCACUAUUUCUGGGUUAGUGGAGUCUGUAACCUGAAGCGUUUGUAACCUGAGGUACCACUGUAAUGGCAACAGUUGUAAAACAAUGUUAUGAGACAAGCUCCUCUAAGCAUGUAAAUCUGUUAAUUGGAUGCGUAUGGGUGGCUAAUUUUUAUUAAUUUUUUGGCAUGAGGCUCACUCUUCUGGGUGAAAUGCCCACACUCAUGUGUACAUGCAUUCACUCAUAGUCACACACACACACACAAACACACACACACCCCUUAGCAUCCUCAAAAAUUGUUCAGAAGCUGCAACUUUGAGGGCUUGGAAGAAGAAAACAUAUUAAACCAAAUUUUGGGCUGUUGUAUUGGCUGUCAUUUAGCUUCUGGCAUCAUUCAAAGUUCACAUUUGUUUGGACUUGCAUAACUUAGAGCCUUUUCAGUCAGUGAAAUGACGUGUGGAGAAAAGUUCACACACCCUCACCCAGCACAGUGACUUUGAUCCAUUUUUUCCUCCCCCAUGUCUGCUUUUAUACAUCACUCAGUAGAUCCAAUCAUGGGUCAUGGGUGUCUCAUCUAGUUCAGUUAAGUGUGAAGUUUAAGUGAGAGAAGAGAUUACCUUUCUCAAAAGCUAGAUAACUUGGAUUUCAAUUUCAGGUUAGAACAGUUCAACACAAUCUGAAGGUGCAUGAAAAGAGCACAUUUUCAUCAAGAGCUAGGUCUCGAAAGGCUCUCAAAAAGCUGGAAGAAGCCAUUGAAAGAGAAACAAAACAAGAAAUAGAGAAAGAGACUUCUGCUCUGGACUGGACUCUUGCUUUUGCAAAGUGUAAGUGAAAUGAGUUACAAAAAUAUAAACCUGAGUUUACCAGAUCUUGUAUUUACCAAGAAUUUUCAACUAUUCAUAUGCAGGAUCUUGUGAUUAACUGGUUUAUAGAUUAAUUUAUAUACUAUAGAACCUGUAGUAUAGGUCAUACGUAAUUUAAGAUAUAUAUUUAAAUUCAAAAGAAGGUCCACAACUUGUGAUAAUAUAGAAUUCUAGAUUCCUGCACCUUAGAGCCAGAGCAGCAGCUGUAGCUAUGGUUUGUCAAUUCAAAUAUCAUGGCAAACCUCUUUCUGAUUCUAGUUUGCUGACUCAUCACAAACCAUGGUUCAUUGAUUCAGGUAUCACACCAAAUCAUAGCUUCAUUAACCAUGGUUUGGCAUUGGGUCCACACUGAGAUAGUAUGCAAAACUAGUGAAUCCAAGAUAUCCACAUAAUGUCUGGAAAGAUGGUUAUUCUUCAAAUAUUGUUUAUAAUUGAGUACACAUUAAGUUUAUUUAAACCUACAAAUUGCAGAGGUUUGAAGAUGAAAUCUAACAAUUCUAACUGUUUUAAAGGUAUUCAGAGUGAUAAGCAGUCUAUAUCAGAAUACAUCAAUGAACAGAAAGAGUUGUUUCUACUGGAGGUAACCAUUUUGUUUCGUGUAGUUGGUGCACUUAAAAAUGGGAAAGUUCUAGUUACAGUAGCUUCAGCUACACACUGGAACAUUUCUGUUUAGUUCAGAACAGAUCACUAAAUCAAAGCAAUUGAGCACUAAACAUGGUGGCCGUAUGGCACUGAUUUUGUUUGGAAUAAAUCAUCCUUUAAUAUGUACUCACUGUCUUAAUUCUCAACUAUACAUUCAUUAUUUACUAUUUAGUGUCCUGACUAAUUAUAUUGGUUAGUGAAUAAGCCUGAGUAUUCCAUUCUGACCCCAUGUACCAUUAACAGCAUAAUAAACCUGCCCAAGGGAAGACAGAAAAAAGUUUCUGACUAAAAACCCAAAGAUUCCAUAAACCCCAAUUUACCCUUAAGUUAAGUUAAUGAGAAUAUGGUUUCUCUGUAGUAUGCACUAGCUGUCUGAUAGGACUAUUAACUUUAUUGCUGUUAGGAUGAGAAUGCUCGAUCGAAAAGCCUUCAGGGUAGUAAUCUGAAAGAGUAGCAACCAGGCCUUGCAUAGCCUUUUUUUGCUAUUGGAAUGGCAUUCAGCUUUGCAAGGCGCUUGAAUACAAAGAUUCUUUUGUGCUUAACUUUUUGCAAUGUUUCCCCUUCCCAGUAUGCGGUUAAAACGAAACAACGCACCAUAGCCAAGCUGGAGGAAAUAGUAUCGGAGGAAGAGAGGAGGGCCAAACUCGCCGAAACAAAAUUAGAAGAAGAUGCAAUAGCAUUUGAUGAGUUUCUCAAAGAAAACGACAGACGUUCUGUUGAUGCUCUUAAAAGGUUAGACACUUUGUUGCAAUUUCUAUUAUUAAUAACAAGCUAGAUGGUUUGACUGCGGGGCCUGCACACGGAGAAUUCUCAUAGGGCUUGGUGGUCCUGUUUGUGGCCUCCUACCUUCCCACGCAAAUGUGCUCACACAGGCUGCCCCAGUAGCCAUUGCAAAGAACAGGAAGGCCAUGUGGGUCCUCUGUAUCACUGUAGCAGACAUUCUUCAAGCAUGAUGUGACCCAGCCAGUGUUUUCUUUUCUUGGCUAGUACGCUCACAAGUCACCUGGGGACUUUACAUCCAAAAACAAGCUUUCAACCACCCCAGAUCAUUCUACCCUGCCACUAGGAGAUUGCCCCCAUCAGAUCCCAACAUCAUGUCUGACCAGAGAUUACUUUUUGCUGAUGUAGUUGUCGAAAUGUGAUGUCUCUGCCCCAGUUUUUGCUAAUAUACCUAAGAAGAAUGAAUGGGGGGGGGGUCAUUAUACCGUACCUACAAAUAAGGAACUGACAACGGCAUCAGAUGAAUUAUAUAUAUUUGAAACAGCAGUUCAUCAAAAUGUUAGCAGCUCACUUGAAUAGUUUGGUUUUCAGUAGCCAUCUGUGUGCAGGAAGAGGGCAAGAUGAAUGGGUGUCAGCAGGGAGGGUGUUAUAGGUUUUGGUGGGAGAGAGCAAGGCCUCUACCUCAAGCUUGGGCAUAAUGGCUUUGAUGAGAUGGGUUGGUGGGUUGGCGUUUGCUUCAUUCUCUAAUGUUAUUUCCUCUAGUCUGUUGACUUUUAAGAGGUGAGGAAUUUCUGGUUGAUUCUUAUGGCUGCAAGUUUCCAUACCGACAUUGAGAGGUUUUUAAAUGUGCUGUGCAAGGUGUGACUGUCAUUAGCGGAAUAAUUCGUCAGUCUGAAAAUGUUCAUUGGUUUUGUAAUGCACUGAUUACUAAGGAAACAGUUUGAAACUGGUUUUCAGAGUGAUUGCAGAUUUGUGCUACUUGUGGACAAAAGCAAAGCAGACUGUUCACCUAUUUUCUGGGGGGUGCAGGCAGAAAAAUGUGUUUCUAUUUUAAAAUCUGUCUAUAUGCACCCAGAAUUACAACAUCUAUAUUAUUUUUAGUGCAACUCAUGAAGCAAAAGCUAAAAUGGAGGUGACAGCGGAAGUGAGGUCAGCAAUGAAUGAGCUGUUCUCUCUUAAAAGGUGAGUUCUUUAUUUCACAUAUUUAGCAAAGCAUAACCUAGGCUGCUGCCAGGUUUUUUUGGGAGGUGGUUAUGCAGCAAUGAGUGUUCAUCCUGAUUUGCUUGCAGGGUGUUUAUACAUCUAUGUGUAAGUCAUUCACUUCUUAUUGCAUUUCCUAAUUGGUUUUCAAACUACAAGAAGUCAGAUAAGGGAUAACUUCUAUAGCAGUUUUCAUACUACAGCUUGCACAAGUGGAAUACUAGUUAUGCAUUUAGUUCUUUUUUAUAUUGCUCAAGGCCUGCACAUAAUAUGUCAAAGCCCUUCUCUGAAUGGAAAAUACCUCUUCUAGGCAGGAUAGCUAUGGAUUCAAUACUUUCAAAAUAAUAGAAUUUAAACACUAACACACAAUAUUGUUGCACGCUGCUGCCACCCCGCACACAAACAGCAGGUAGAGAAAUAAAUUGUGUGUGUGUGUGUGUAUUAAGAUUCAGACUUACUUAGAGUUAGCAUUUUAGCUCAAAAUAUUAAGAUGAAACAAACCUUAAUGUGACUCCCAUAACUCUGAUAAAAACUCUUGUUCAUUUGCUUUUGCAUUGUUUAUUACAAUAAUGUCAGUUUAUUUUCUUUAUAACAUUUGGCUGUUGUACUUCACUAAAAUAUGACUGUCUGCUUGCUUAUAAACGAUCAUCCUUUAAUGUCUGCAGUGAAAUUGCAAACAGUGAAGAUAAUCUGAGACUGUAUUUAUCCUACGAAGCUUUUUUGUUGAGUGUGUCUCCUAAAGAGUGGCAAGAACAACAGAUGGCAAAAAAGAAGCUAUUGAAAAAGGAGAAAAGAGACGUUUCAAAGUCUUUGCUUUCUUUUCCUGCUCGUGAGAAAAGCAGGAUGGGGUCUACUUCUUUCAUAUUACACCAAAAAAUAAGUAAGUAUGUCAUUUUAGUACUGUCCACUAGAAACUUAUAUUGCACUGCACCCCUGCAUGUUAGAAGUCACUUCAGUUCCCCCUUUUUUCAAUUCUCCCAGAGUGGAAACUGAGAAACAAUGUCUAAGGAUCAAUGUUGUUCCCAUAUCUGCCCCAUUGAUGUAUAAAGUGCAGACCAGUGAAGCAGUAUUUUAGUUUGCUGGAUGAUGCAAACUCGACAUUCCCAACUGAUGGGAUGGCAGUCCUUGUCAGCCUUCUGCCUUCUCUUCCACUUCAGGGUCUGACUGGUCCUGCCUAGAGUCAGUGAAGGUUGGGUGUGACUGGUUUUUUUAGGAGCCUUGGUUUUUCUCAUCGUUUACCUUGUAUUAGAGAGAUUUUAAAAAACAACAACUUUCUAGCCUUUGUUUUGUGUCUAUUGUACUGUUUCCCUCCAACUUUUACCUCACAGUGGUGUCUCUGCUCUCUGUGAACCUUCCUCCUUCCUUCCUUUUCCCCUCACCAUCAGUUUGGCUCUGGUACUUGAAGGAUGUGGUCUUAUUAUACCAAGUUAGACCAUUUGUUCUAUCUAGCUGUCAUCACCCUUAACAAAUUAAAGUUCCUGGGAUUUUUUGAGGGAAGUCAUGACUGUUAAACCAGUAUACAGUAGGAGUGCUUUAAAAGUAUGGUGUGGGUGUGUCCCACUCUGGUUUGGAUUUAGCAAGCUGGUGUGUAUAAAUAGCCUAUCAAGUUACUUACUACCAAAUAUUUCUGUGCUGUUUGAACCGCGUCUUUAGACAAAUGGGCUCAUGUCAAAGGGCAACAACAUCCCAAGAAACUGCUACCUUCAUCAUCGAUGUCAGUAUUUUUUUCUGAAACUGAUGUGAAGAAAGACCAUCAGAAAAGCCAAGGUAAGGAGCCAAUGGGAAGAAGGACUUUCUUGUAGGAAUAUCAUCUUUGCCUGCACCAGAUAUUCCAGGCAGGACCGCAUUAUGAAUGGAGCAAGGGCUGCAAGAGCCACAGUGGUGUGUAGUGGCUAGAGCAGGGGUCGGCAACAUGUGGCCCAUGGGCUGGAUGCGGCCCACAAAGACUGUUUUACCGGCCCACAAGCCGCCCUGAACCACCUGCUUGGCGAGUCCCCAGUGCAGCGCUGGCACUCGCCAAGCGGUGCCAGAAAUCACAUCUGCGCAUGUGCAGAUACCAGAAAUCGCGUCUGUGCAGGCACGAUUUCCAGCGUCUGGGCAUGUGCAGAAGCGAUUUCCGGCGCCACAGAGAUGCGCAGACGCGAUUUCUGGUAUCACGCUGUGCCAGUCCAGCCCACGGACGAUCUCCGUGGGAGUGAUCCGGCCCAUGGCAGGUAAACCUUGCUGACCCCUGGGCUAGAGCAUUCGACCAGGUUCAAAUCUCCACUCAGCCAUGAAACACCCACUCCCCAUCUGGGCUUCUGGACAGAGUCUUCCUCCCAGAUCCCCAGGGGUACCCUGAGGUAUUGCACUUGAUCAAAGGCGGUGAUGCAUCACCUCCUGGGAACAGACUAAGGAUUCGACCAAAUGCCUUAUCCACCAUUGCCAGCCAGGGCAGUCAGAAAUGGGGCAGGCAAUGGAGCUUUCCCCUCUGCUAACUUCUGUAUGCAGCUUUUGAUUCCCCACCCCCACUUCUGAAGUUGGCAUAAUGUUAUGCCAGUGUUGGGGAUGGGAUCAGUCUCCCCCGCCCCCCUCCACUACAUUUUGGCCACUCUGCCAGUAUGGAGCAGUACCGGUAUAUCUGUGACGUUCUGCUGGCAUAUCAUCAUUGGGAGAGACAUAUUUGGGCUUGUGAUGGAAUACCAGGGCUUCUCUAAUUCGUCCCACCAUCCCUGCCACCAAAGUAUAUUGAGUAUUGGAUUGUGUCCCAGCUGUAUAUGAUCUAAGAGCCUUAAAUUGUGUGCUGUGAAUCAUACGCCUCCCAUUGCCCAUCUGUACAGCAAAAGUUUGAGGGAAUACAUCGCUUUUUCCACCAGGGAAGCUUCUGCUCUGUAAUUUAAGUGUCGACUGGAGCUUGCUCACAGAGAGUAGCUGAAGGAAGGUGAUAAGGAAUUUCAGCCACUCACAUUAUGGCAAAUGGGAUCAGGGACCACCUCUUAUCUAAGCAAAACUCAGGAAGUGAUACAUAAGGAAUGAUAGGGCGAAAUAAGUUAAGGCAGACAAAAUACCCCCACGCCCUUAUCUUCCCCCUCCAUGGUAAAUGCUAGUGGCAAGGAUGCCUUUCUAGUUCUGAAUACAGGCAACAGUUCAUUUGGGCAAAGUUUAACAGGCACUAGCUGCACAACGAAUACUUGUAUGCAGGAUCCUGAUGUCUUUCUUUAAGGCAGCUCCACAUCCUGUCUUUAAUAUAAGGCAAGGGUGUCUUAAGCUGUGGCCCUACAGAUGUUGCUGGACUCCAGUUCAGAGCAACCCCACCCAGCGUUACAAUUAGGAAUUGUAACCCAGCAAAAUCUGGUUGGCCACAGGAUAGGCACUCCGAUAUUAAUGAAAAUAAUGUAAGAUAUGUAAUAUAGUUCUUAUAACCCUGUUGCCGAAUAAAGGUAAUAAUACAGACUUGUUAAUUUUUUAAGGAGGCGACUACAGGUUUUUUAAGAGGGCAUCAAGACUAUCACUGAGCAAAAGAUUCUCAAUAGAAGGGAGAAAAAAAUCGCUAGCAAGGUACUCUAUGAAAUUUAAUUGCUUUUAAAAGUUCUCUCCGUUUCGGGUUGCAGAUGUAUCAUAAAGAGCUUCUCUUCAAGAAAGAGAAGCGCUUAUCCCUUUGGGGCACGUGGAAGUACAGUGGACGUUCUGGUUGCGAACGUGAUCCGUGCGGGAGGCACAUUCACAACCCGCAGCGAGCGCUGAAACCUGAAAGUAACCCGUUCCGGUACUUUCGGGUUUUUGCGCAGUGCGCAACCCGAAAACAUGCAACCUGAAGCAUCUGUAACCCAAGGUACCACUGUAGUUGUACAAUUCUGCUUUUGGGCGCCAGCUCUCCCAUCUAUCAUCCCCCUGGCUACUGGCAUGUGAACUAGAGUGUCAGCGGGGACUGCGGGGAGUUGGAAUCAUAACAUCAUUGGGAGCACUGCAUGUUGGUUAGCCUGGGCUUACAAAGAACAAGGUCUCGAUUUUAUCAAACACAACGUUCCUUCCACCACUGAGCACUGACUUGGCAAACUUCAAUGUAUAAACACAAAUCUGAAUUAAUUUUUUCCUUUUAUAACAGCUGUGCAAGUGAAAAAAGUAUCUCUGCCUCUUCAGAUGAUGAUAUUUCGCUUGAAGAUCUAGACACUGACGAGGUGAUGAAUUAAUCUUUGUUAAAUACAACAGCAUCCUAUAAAAAUGGGACCUUUUGUUGCUUUUCAUUCAAUUGUACAACAUCUUCACAACCUCUGGGCCAAAACUGCUAGGAGGUAGCCACUGGCCGCAAGCAUGGCUGUAAGAUUCCUGCAUGUAUGGAUUCCAUCCGUAUGUUGAAAUGUAAAUUUCAGCCUAAGGGAACUUUCUGUGUAGAUUUCAGUGUUCUUGGCCCUCUAGAUCAAGAAUUUGCAUAUUCGUAUUCAUACCUGCAAGUAUGCUGUGGACUUGCAUAAGGGAAUCUGGCUUCAAGGCAGUGUUCUGAGAUUAACGUGCAGCAGAAAAAGAACUUGUGAAUUGGCCUUCACUUGGACAAUAAUUUUUAACAUUUUUUGUUAAAAUUUAGUAGCAAGGCAAGUGCAAUCUGUCAUACCUAAUGCAGCCCAGCGUUAAAAAUCUCCCCUCCCAUUUUUAACAAUUUUUAUUUUAUCAAGAACUGUUUGCAACUGCAUUGAUAUGACUCAUUUUUCAGCAACUCUAUAGUAUUCCUUCUCCUGCAUUAGGAACCAGAGAUAUAUUUCAAAGAUCCAGAUGAGUUGCUUCAGAUGUACAGGCAUCUUGAGGAACAAAAUCUAUCACUGUUUCAAAAUAUUCAAGAUCUCAGUGGAACACUAGAAGACGCAAGGCAGAGAGAACACGCCAUUGUUCAGGGAAUGUAAGUUUAAGUGAAACGUUUUGAAAUAUGCUGCUUCUGUUCCUCCUCGGGUACAAAGUGGGUCCCCUUCCCUUCUACUAACACGACUACUACAUAUUUGUUUAGUGAAGCCAAUGUGUUUGCCACUAUAUAGAAAACUAACAUGACAAGAGGACAGAACUUUGUAAAGACAGAAGUAGAGUUAAUGUGUAGCAGAAAUCUCAUCAAUUCAGGGAAUGCUUUGCUGGGCUCCAAAAGAGGAGAGUGAAGUGGCUUUGAUGGAAUGAGAUGGGAAUGUUCUGUUCCCCACCACAACUGCAGACCAUGGAUUAGUUUAGGCGUGAGGUUGGUAGCAGCUGAAGCCUUUACACUGAUUCCUUAAAUCGGAGAUAACCAAUAUGGUACUCUUCAGAUACAGUUGCACAGACCUGGGCUUUGGCCAUGCUUGCUGGGGCUGAUGGAAGUUAUAGCCCUAAACAUCUGUAGGGCACUAGGGCACUAUGCCUUAAACAGAACACCCAUGGCUUCUUAAUGGACCAGUUUGAACAGCCAAUCAGCAGUUCUAGGAGACUUCAGCCUGGACUAGUUCCACAGUGGAGCAUACACUAUUGGCAGUGUUAGAAAUUAGCCAGGCGCCAGGUGUGUUUUGCAAUUGGUGUGGGUCCAAUUGCAACCAUGUGGGGAUCUGUUAACUGGGGAAAGCAAAGUGUCCCUUACAGAAAGAUUAGAAAUAAUUUGCCUUGAAGCUUGAAUUUGCUUUAUUCUGGAUUGUUUUAUUUGAUGUUUUAAUGUCUUGCAAACUGCUUUGAGAUCUGUUCUUUAAAAUAUAAAGCAGCAUAGAAAUGAAUAAUAAUAUUAGCAGAUUUCAAUGCAAAAAAAGGCACCAAGACAUUUCAUUGUGGUGACUGUAACCUAGGUUUAAGGGGCCAUUUGGCGAUUAUAUUUUAUAUCUGAGUUUCUAACACUGAAUAUUGGUGGAACAUAAGCAUCUGAACAAUUUCAAUGCCAUCAUCAGUCUUUUUACAUCUUUUUAUUUAAGAUGUAUAUGUGUUUCCAUGCUAAACGUUUUCUCCAAUAUCAACAUCAUUUGCACAAGUAAGUCCCUGUUGUUUUACAGGUAUCUUCAAUUUUUUUAAAAAGAAAAACAAUGGUUUUUCUAGUCAAGGAGUGAUUUUUAAUGAGCUCACUCCCCUUGAACCUAUUCUGUUUAUACAAGUAGGCCACUUACAAGUGUUAAUCAUCUUGUAGGAGUACUUGCACAAGCUCUGAGAGAUCUUUGCCCAUCAUCACUGAACUAUGAUUCACAGAAUUUCCUGGGGAGACAAAUCCUAUUAAACCUGUUACAAGUCUGUAGAAUAAAAAUGCUGCUUUGCCUAGAAUAGCCAGAAUAUGAGAAUUGGGUUAUUGCACAGAAAAACUAAUCUACAAAAUAGUUUUGAAUACUAGUUACAACUUUUCACAGCCUUUCUUAUAGGGAAAAAAGGAUAAAUGAUAUAGUAAAUGAGAAAAAAGCUCUUAUAGCUGCUCGCCUCAAAGAAGAACAGAAAAGUGCUGAACUGGAAUUAAAAAUCAAAGUGUUUUCUUCCGGAGACUAUAAUCCAAUAUCCAUGGUAAUUUUGUAUGUUUAUACAAUCUUUAUAACAUUGAAUAGCUCUGUUCUAAAAACCCUGACAGGCUACAAGACCACAGCGCCAGUGGUAUUCCGUGCUUCUCCUACUCAGAGUAGACCCACUGAAAUUAGGGUCAUUUCAACCGGUCUACUUUGAGUAAAACUCAGUUUAAUACUAUCCCUAAUGACUUGGGUAGAAGUAUCACAAUUUGUCUAUGUGAUACCACAUUACCUAUGUGUAGCAGUUUGAACCAAGGCCAGUAUAGCUAGGGGAUACAGUACCAGGGAGCCCAACACUGACAUCCUACCUGGUGCCCCAAAAGUGGACACAGAAGUAGUGGUGUAGGCAUAUACUGGAAACAGGAAUGUGCACCAGUUCCAUCUGUGAUUCAGGGGUUCUCCUAGUUCUGAGUUGCACCAUUAACAAGACAUUUCAAGGCGUAUCAGGGACUCCCUGAGCUGGUUUAGUUUCUAAUUGCAGGAAGUUACUUUCACAGGGUACUCCAAUGACAAUGAUUUGGAGGAGGGAUCUACAGGAAUUAUGUCCCUAUAGUAUUGUAAAAACACUUUCCCCCCUGGAGAGCCCCCAGAAGCUCAGAAACGCAUUGAACUAUUAGAUUUAUUUGUGCCUUUAUUAGAUUUAAUCCUACUUGACAUUCAACACUGCAUUGACUUAACAUUGCAAUCCGUGUGCCUUAUUCUGCCAAUUCUCUUACGGUUUUGCCUUACGUGCUGAAUAAGUGCCAUCACAUUUUCAGGACUGUUUCCCUUUUUAGGACUGUAGAAUGAAUUUUCUAUAUUAUAUUUAAAAAAUGAUUAUAUAUUUUAUAUUGCUUGCGAUUUCAUCUUAUUUUAAAGUUUCAGUGUAGACCUUUUUUUGUUUAGUAUAACGUAAGCAUUUGCUGUGGUUUACAUAAAAUCCCUUUCUUAAAUCUUAAGGAUAAAUCGCUGAAUACACUUAAGAAAAAAAUAACAGAGGUGUAUAGGGCUUGCUGUGGAACGAUUGAAGUAUCUAGCAUGACCGCCUUUCAAAUGCUGAAAGCAAUAGAAAUCAGAGUUUCAGAACUGUGUGAGAUGUUGGAAAUACUUCCACCGGAAUACCUUGAGACUGUUGAAACUAUGGAGAAACUCCGAGCAAAACAAAGACGGCAGAGGUAAUCUUAAUGCCAGUGCUUAAAGAAGUAUGCCAGUUAUGUAUUCCCAUCACUUAGUCACAUCUGAGUUUGCAACACUAUCUUCUGGACCAAACUUUUGAGACAACAGUCACCAGUUUUUAGCCUAUAGGCAUUAGAGUUUCACAAAGUGAAAAAGAUUUCUGUUUAGAUGGACAUCCCCACCCUAGUAUUAUAAGUAUUUUAUAAGUGACUAUUAGUUGUCCCACCUUCUUAGGGCCAGACUAGACAUAUAACAUCAUUCACAUAAUUUAGCAAUUACGUAGGAUCUGGGUAAAUAGCAGACAUGGAGGUGUCAAUCCAGGCCCGGUCCCUGGGGCUUGCUAUUUCUAGCAAUACAGUUAUUGCCAGUGCUUUCCUCUCAAUUCAAAUAGCAGACACUAGUGCAACAAUUCAGACUAAGGCUGGAGCAGGAGGGAAAGAAUUGAAGUGGAUCAGCCACUUUUAAUCAAUUCACCAAUUGCUCACAGUGCGAACGGUGUUGCAACUAGUUUAUCCCUUAGAAAUUCUGUGAACAGAACUGUCUCUAGCUCCCUCAUUUUUGUUACCACAGUAAUGCUGAAUUUUACAAGCAUAGGCACAAUUCAAGGCUGCAUCACUGGAGGGAGAAGAUGUGGACACUUCCCUCUCACAAUAUACUAACGUCCUCUAAUUCCUAAAAUCUCUCUCUGAUUCUUAAAAGAGUUCGUGAAGAUAAAUUGAAAGAACUGAAGAGAAUCCAGGAAGAACGGCUGAAGCAUGCUCUGGAAAGAGCAAUUGCAGUACCAAAGACAAGGGUUAGUAGGAGUGCUUAAAAAUAUAUCUUAGGCUGUAAAUCUUACUGAACUCAGUAGUACCCAAUACUGAGUAAAAAUGGUUAGGGGCAUACUGCAACAUGGUGAUAGUGUGCAUGUUAAAAAGAAUCUAGAAUCUGUAUUAUAGAAAAAAGUUUACGAAGAAAAACUUUCAUGCUGAUUUAACAAAGUAGGUUUAUAUUUUCUGUCUUCAUUUUAGGUGGGAAGAAAACUGGUUUUCCGCUCCCAGCCGCCAGAAGCUAAACAAAAAGGGGUACAAGUUGUAGAUUUAACUACAAAAAGUGAAGAUGAUUACUAUUUCUGUUGAAUUCUUCUUGUUUCAUGACAUCUCUUUUUGGAAUAGCACUAGAUCUUGAUUCUAGCUCUGUUUAGCAGAGUUAUAGUAGGUAAACUGUGACAGAUGUUUGAUCCAGUUUCCUUUUAAAAUACAUAUUUGUUUGACUAUAAUAUAAUUAUCCAUUAAGAACUGUCGGAAAUAGUAUGUUUAUUUUUCUUCCAUAGUGGUAAUUUUUCUUCAAUGACAAUGUUUAUUGUUUGGCCAUAAAAAAUGUUACUUGACAAAACUUGACAAAAAAAGCAAGCAAACAAAACUGGACAACUAAAUUUCUUAGCACAGUCAAAAAACAACAACUUUCCCCCCAAAAUAAUUAUUCUCUCAUUUCUCCAUCUUCUUCUUCUUCUUCCACACCCCUUAUAUAAAGGACAUUAUUGCACCUGCAAAUCAAACCAAAAGUUACUUAGUUUUGCUGUGAUCCACAUGAGUUUAGAAGAUUGUUUUCUAAAGCCAGUUACAUAUCCCCUCUAUUUCAUAUACCAAGUUAUUUUGAAGUAUUCUAUGUUUGCUGCUAUGUUCAAUUAAUUGGUAAUAAAUAAAAAAUUACCUUUGUUCAUUGC